UCAAAGUAGUGAUUAACUCUUAGCGAAAUCGCAAUGUCCAUCCAAUUUUGUUUACUAAAAAUUAUUGUAACAGGGUGAGUGAAAAAACCGACUAGUGCACAUGUUUUUCAAUAUUUAGUAAAAACAACCGUUAAUCGAUAACCGUUACAGAAUUGUUAACAAAUUCGGUUAGGUCAUCACUUGACUUUUCACCAUAUUCAAUGUGCACCUUUACGAUACCGCACACCCUGUCAACUUAUGCUAAAAUAUUAUGUAUCAUAUUAUUAUUUAUGAAGUAUGCCGUAUCUAGCAUGCUUCUUGAUAUAAUUAUAAAUCAUUUUUACGACUAGAAUAUACUAAUUCAAAAAAUUUGCCUAAAAAACGCAAGAAAAUGUGCAGUUUUUCAAAAAAAGAACGUUAAAAAUGUAUUCUGUAUCACAUUACUUAUAUGAUAUGUGUUUUAGAAAACUUAGUUUAUGCAUAAUCUAUUCUUAGUUGUUCUAGGGACUUUUUAUAGCCUAUACCAAAGCAGUAAUAAACCAGACAUAUCCUGAUUUAAAUGUUAUAUACAUACAUACGUACCUAUAAAAAUACCUAAAGAGACACAUUUUAGUGAAUACGUCGCGUCGUCGGUAUUCCGAAGGCUUUGUUUCUCAUUGAUUGAGGAUUGUAGUAGUCGCGUGCAAAGGACUCUUAAACCUCCAACAAAAAAAAACUUUCCCAAAAAGCUAUUUGCGGUGCGCGGUAGUGAGGCAAUAUUGCAUGGUAGAAUCAACAAAAACUUGGAAAAUGAAAAAAAGCGCCUACAGUAUUUACUACCCUUUUAAUUUACCAUUUUGAAACCACCAAAGACAGUUCCUUUGCUUAGUCGAUGACAUGGUGUGGAGACGGAAAUACAUUUCAUAUUGGAUUUAAGCGAGAAAAUUCUACAAAAAAGUAAGCAUCAUUUUUCGUUAUAAUGAAAAACUCCACAAUCUGGGAAUCAGCUAGCAGGCCACUUUUUGUAAAAUCUGUUUGGUUGGAAGCUGGGCAACGCCAUUUUAUACUAGACUAUGAGCCAAAGCAAAAACUGGAUUCAAGCUCAAACUUGAGAAGUAAACGUUCUACAGUACAAUCUUCAGCAUAUUGUGAAUACUCCGGACUUGAUGAGGAGCUUCGUUUAGUUGGAUCUUCCAAAGUUCAAUGUCGACAGAAUUUUUCAGAGCCCAAAUUCGAAAACGCAACAACAGGAACCUAUCGUCGAUUAUCAUCUAGAAAUCCUUUCAUUGACCACUUUAAAAAAAGAUGUGAUUUCUUACGAGAAGAAGCACCUUCCAAACGAAGUUCCCUGCAUGACAUUAGUUCAGUUUUUACCAAUAAUUCACAUUCUGAUGAAAAACUUGCAGAAAGAGUUCUUAAUUGGCUGGAUCUAGCUGGAAAGGCACCUUUACUUCGCCCAAUUCACCAAACUUCUGCGGAUUCUGUUCAAAGAAAAGUUAAAAAAGAUCAAUCAACUCGAAAGAUGCAACCCAAAUUUGUUUGUUCUCAAAGAAAUGACUCAAUAAAACACAUCACAAUUAUUUUCAAUAAAGAAGGCGUUCCCGUUCGCUUCAAUAGACCAGCGAGAAAUAUUGAUUUGUGUGCGAUUUCAAGCAGUGCUGGAGCUGCUAGACGUUUAGCUGGUAGUUUGGCAUCAGGCAGGUUAUAUGAAGAAAAUAUUUGCAGAGAGGUAAGCAGUGGUGCUCGAAUUACAGAGAAUCGAAGACCAAGACCAAAAACAACAUGUCCUAGAAGGAACUUCACGUAUAAUGGCAUUAAUACAAAAAAACCCAAAGCGGAGUGGGAGAGCUCUGCAAUUCGUAACGCUAAAAGACAGCUACACAUUUUUAUGCCGAGUCUACCAAAGAAAACGAUUAUAAAUGAGGAGAUGGUCUGUAAUGAUCUGAACAGUCGAUGUAAAAUAAAUUCGUCUAAAAAUAUUAUUUAAACGAUGAAAAUAAUAUUGCGAUAUUAAGCUAAUUGUUUGUAGUUAAAAAAAGUGACAAAAUAUGGUGCCGUAAAGUAAGGCUAAGUAAAAUAAGACCAUCUUUCAAAUCUUGGCCUUAUUGCACUUUCCCUCUGCUUGGGCACACUAUGCGAAGUUUAGUGCAUAAAAUAUGUCUUUACAUAAAUGACAAACCAUACCGUUAAAAGUGAAAUAAAACCAAGUUGGGUUUAUUUUACUUUGUUUAAGUGUACAAAAGUGAAAUAAGGCUGAUUCUUCAAAUUUGGCGUUAUUUCACUGCAGGACAAAAUGUGUGCCCAAUUUUAACUUAAAAUUGGUGGUCUUUUUGAUUUUUUUUUAUAAAAUGUACAAAAACCAAGAAGUGAUAAAGUAAUUCAAAACUCGAUAUUAAAAUGUUCUUUCAAAAGUACUCUGAAAUGUGCCGACUGACGCGUUCAAAUGUGUGACAAAAAUGCAAAAUCAAGUCAUGUACAAAAAGGUAGAAGAACGUAAAAGGACUUAUUUAUUUAUUUUAUGAUUUUUUUCUAAAUAUUUAAUCCAAAUAUCAUUGAAUAAUUUUCUUUGCAAAUGCUUUAGCAAGGGGCGGACGCCUCAUCAGCGCAGGAUUAGUAUUUCGAAUUUCGUAUUUUCUUCUCCAACGGCGAAUUUAUUGUAAUUAUGUAUGUGUGCUUUUUUCGUCGCCCAUAUCUCAAGAAGAAUUAAUGAUGUCGACUUCAAAUAAAUUUCGUUAUAAGGAUAAUUUAGUCUAUGUUUUUUUUAAUGAUUAAAACAAACAAUUAAAAUAUUGGUUUUCCCAAAAUAUCUCACAAACCAAUUACUGAAGCAAUCUGAAUUAAAUUUUAUAUUAUACAUUGUGACAUGAUACCAAACUGAUAUAAUUUGAAAAAAAUGUAAAUAAUGAAAAAAAAAAUGAUUGUCACAUACAAUAUUUUAUGAACAAAAACUGAUUUUAUCUCUAAAAUAAUUGUAUGCAAAGAUAACGUUUUCGACAUAUGGUAAAAUUUUGAUAAAAUCGAAUUUUUUACAAAAAAUAAAAAUAAAACCUACAAAAAAAACAUUAGUAAAACUUAGUAAAAAUUGAUUUUCAGUUUAAUUUCUUUUUAUUUUAUAUAAAAAUACUGAUUUUGACAUGCAGUAAAGUUUGUAUGAAAGUCUAACAGUUGGUUUUUUUUUCAAAAAAAGUUAAAAUCUUCAAAAAUAGUACUCAAAAUUAGUAAAAAAAAAGAUAUUUGAUUCUGGAUAUCUUCUGAAUAAAUAAAGGUGUUGACUUCAAAAUGAUUUCAUUGUUGGCUUAAUUUUCUUAGAGAAAUCCAAUCUCUAUAAGUUCAUAUAAGCAAGAAUAAAAUCUCAGGAAAUGCCACUAAAAUCUCGUUAACAAAAAUAUAUGCAUGUAUUUAACAAGAAACUGAUAAGAAAUGGUUUUCAACCCAAGUAUUGGGAGAACAAAGAAAGAUGAUCAUUUUCAAUUAUUUAUCUUACACAAAAUAUUUUUAUGAAUGUCGCAUUCCAGCCUCUUUUUUCAAAUUUGUAUAUACAGUCCCUGGCCAUAUUAUUAGAUGCACUGCAGAAUUUUUAUAACUACUAACUACGCAAUACUUUUAAAUAUUAUAGAAACAAAAUUCAAUAAAUUUGUUGUUUUAUUUUUAUAAAAAAAGUAAGAAAUAGUUUAUAUUCUGCAUACAAAAUAAUUUAAAUACAUUACAAUAUUCGAAAACCUGAUUAAAAUAGCAGAAAAUUUAAAUUUUGCAUAAAAUCUAAAGUGCGUCUAAUAAUAUGGCCAGAGACUGUAUGUAUUAAUUAUAAUAAGUAUUAUAAACGUUAUAGCUUGUGAGGAUAAUAAGUACAUCUGGGCCAUAGCGUAUAUAAUGAUUAAUGGUGAUGCAAAAAAUAUACUAUUUAGUGCCACAUAAAACUGCAAAUUGUUUAAUGCAUUUGCUUUAACGGUUUAUUUAUGUAGGUUUUUUCUUUGUUAUAUUACGCCUGCUGAACACGCUUAACAUGUAACUUUUUAGGUUCCUAAGUAUCAACUGUUCUACAAAAAACUGAAAUAAAUAAUCAAUAUGUAUUGUA